CAUACUUAAAUAUAAGUAUGGCGUAGGGCGGUGUCAUGUGUCACUAUUUCGAUCGAUAAUUGUUUUAAAGAUAGUGUUCAAAUCGAUUGCUGAGCGUCGCCUAUUUUCUGUAUCAAUACAUAGUGUGCAUUCUUCUGUUAUGCGCCACUCAUUAAUAAUUACUCUCGCCCUGUUUACGUGAGGAAAUGAUAAUCGAACCGAGUAAAGAGGUUACAUAGAGUUCUCAUUUUGACAGGCGCGCACAACCAGCUCUGUGGUGGGACAGUAACGAAAGACGGUUAAAAACUCGCACAGUAGAAGACCGACCGUCGUUAGUUGUACAGACAAGUGUGUGAGCUUAUAGUACAUUCUCAUUGAACUCCAGUGACACUAUUAUUACAUAUUUUUUAUUUGUUGAAAUCUUAAGAAAGAUACUUAUCAAAAUAAAAAUAUCAGAUAAGAAAAAAAAAUGACCGAGAUGGAUGAUAAAAAGACAGAACAUAUUGUUAUGACUCCAAAAUGCAAAACUGCGAAUUCUACAACGCUUAUAAUAGAAAGGCAAGUUUUAGAACCACCAGCAGAAAAUGGAAAUGAAAACAAUGUUCACAUAGCUGGAGGGGAUCACAAAGGAAUAGUUAUUAAUAAACAAGCAGUUUCUGUUUCAAAUGGUGAAACAUUUUUUUCAGUCUCAAAUGGUGAAGUUCAUCCAGCACAUCUUUGUUUACAAUUCAGAGUAUUUUUGGUGAGUGCCCAAACUGGAAAGCAUACACAGGAAUCCAGAACUCUUCAGUUUUGGUUUUUGGAUACACUGCCAGAGAAUGAACAUCCUGCUGUAGCACAAGAAUUCUUCAGAGAAUUAGUCAGUCCACAAGAAUUUCCACGAGAUUAUGUCGGAUUUAUAAAAAAGAUAAUGAAAUUAAUGUUGCAUAAAUACAUUACUAUUAAAAAGAUAGAAGUAGAGUUGAAACAGCUUGAAGAACCAAUCACUCUUCCAACUAGACCAUUGUCUACAGAUGAAACAGUUAUGGGUCAAGUAGUUGAACUGACAUUGGAAAAAGUUUUAGAACUUAUAGAAUCUGCUUAUCCAAAUCCAGUAACAGUAGCUGAUAUGGCAAGAGAACAUGGGUGGGAUCCUUCUGCUGUUGAAAUAAAAUUAAAAGAAUUACAAGAAAAGGGUGUUGUUAAAGCAAUGGAACAUGGAGCUUUCACUAGAGUUGUACACCAAGAUACUAAAGUUCAAGUCGUAAAACAAAUGCCAGCUAUGGCAAGUGCAAAACAGCCAACCAUAGCUAUUAUUACUGCACGGUAUUGCGAAAAAUUAGCGGUUGAUGCGAUGAUUGAAAACAAAGAGACGAUUGUCCGUUAUACAACUGUUGGUGAAUCAAAUGUUUAUACAUUAGGUAAUAUUGGCGCACACAGAAUUGUAUGUACAAAAUUACCAACCGUAGGUCAUACAAGAGAAGCAAUGACUGCUGCAGGAAAUACAACUACUAGAUUAUUAGGCACAUUUCAAAAAGUGGAUUUCGUUUUUCUAACCGGAAUCGGUGGUGGUGUGCCACAUUAUACAGAUUACAAUAAACAUGUACGGCUCGGUGACGUAGUUAUUUCAUACCCUGCUCCUCUUAAUAAAAAGUACAUCUAUGUUUAUUGUGAAAGCGCAAAGACGAACGAAAGUGGCGAUUAUCAUUUUGAAACCAAAGAUUACUGCCCACCAAAUUUAUAUCUUCAAGAAAUUGCUGCUAAUCUUAGAGACCAAUCGGAGAAUGAACCAAAUCCUACAUGGCAAACGUACCUGAAAGAAGGUUUAGAUGUUUUAAGUAAUCAAACAGAACAUGAUUUUAAAGCACCUUCACCAGAAUCUGAUAAAUUGUACAUGGCUAUUGGUGAACGAGAUGUUAUUGAAGUUGCACAUCCUACUGCACCUUCGGAUACUGUAAAUAAAAGAACGGACGGGUGUCCACGCAUUCAUUUAGCACCGGUGGCGUCUGGUAGACAUAUUUCUCGUGAUGAUCAACUUCGACAGAAAUUUGCGACUCGUUUUGGCGCUCUCGCAUUUGAUGCAGAAAUGGAUGCCGUGGUUGAAAGUAUUUUGGGUAACUGCCGUGAAAGUUUCGCCGUUAUUCGAGGUAUUUCUGAUUACAAAGAUGGCUCCCGUACAAAAGAAUGGCAGCCUUAUGCAUCGCUAGCUGCUGCUAGCGUAAUGAAAUCUAUCAUUUACGCUAUGGAUCCACCCACUAAUGUGUAAUACCUUAGUUUUCUAGCAUUUGUUUUCCUUUCAUUCCACAUAGUAUGUUGUACGUAAAGUAGUACUACAUUUUCGCAUUUUUAUUUUGUGUAUCUUUUCAACACAAGGUGGACCAACUAUUUUUAUCGAUUGAAAUAAUCGUAGUUUAAAUCAACGCAUUUAAAAGGAAACGCAAACGUUAUACAAUAAGUAUUCGAUGAACAAUACAGUUUCAUUUUUUGUGUCUAAUUAUAUGUCGCAUUGAAAAUGAGACAUAACGUAAUCAUUUGUCUUAUGAUUAUCAGAAAGUAUGAUUCUGACUGAAAUUUAUGAUAGUCGAAAUGUAAGAUGCACCAAGUGCAUUUUAAUUAAUUAAGGAAAUUGUAGGUUAGUACGAAUGACUCUUCAAACGAUGAGAAUCAAUAAUACACUGCGCUCAGGCUUUCAAAAUCGUUUCUGUAUCGCUCAAAAAUCAUACAUCUAAAAUCUAACGGAUAAUAAUUCAUUUUGAGACAGCAAUUUGGAGAACAUUUUUACAAUCUUUACAUUUCUGAAGUAUGUAUAUCUACUUUUUCAAAGCUGUUAAUAUAAUAUUUAUACCGAUUUUUGCUAUUAUUGAUUUUAUAUGAGUUUUAACAGUUUUAUAGGAUUAUUUAUAUGCACCUUGUACUAUCGUGACCAUAAUUCUUUAAUAUUGCUUAAGUAUGAAGUUGAGAAAUUAAUGUAUAAGAAAAAUCAGUUUAGUGAUCCUAAGACCGGUGCCAUUUUAAUUCUACACCGCACGCGCGUAGAUUCUUUAAAAGUCUAUUACAUAACAAAUCAAGCAUUUCAUAAAAUAAGAGAUUCUAAUUUUCGUAAUAAUUAUGUAGUUUAAUUAUUGUAAUAAUGAGAACCUCAAAUAUCAAAUUUUAUCGGACGGGAUCCGAAAUAAAAUAGAUAGAGGAACCAUGAAAAGCUUUAAACGAAGCCUUGGUGUAGUCAGCAACACAAUUUAAUUGUAGAAUGUGAUAUCUAAUAUUGAAGGCAGAAAGUACAUUUGGCAGUAUUUAUUGAAGCGCAAUCAAUAUAUCGUUAAAACAUUGUCAUAGUAAAUAUUACAUGUUUAUCAGAGUAUAUUGCCGUUUCAUACAGAGUUGCCGACUUUAUUCGUGGUUUAUAAAUGUGUAUAUCCACAGAAUUUGGUGAGCAAAAAAAGUACAUAUAAAUCACACUGUUCAAAGGUUUGAUUGUUCUUUUAGAAACAAAAAUAGCAUAAAGAGUGUUUCUAAGUACGGCUAUUUUCUUUUUCUGUUAAAUGCUGAAAGUAAAAGGUUCAACUUUAGUAACUCUAAAAUAUAAGUGCAGCAAUUUAUAUACAAACUUAAGAAAAAUUGUGGAUAUUAUCUUUACAUAUAAAAAUGCUGACACAAAGCUCAGUUUGGAGGGCACCAUUACCAAAAAAGUAAUUUAUAACUAUCUGUAUUUCCUAAUUGUUUAGUAAUGUGUUCUUUUUCAUACAGCUAGUAUAGAACCAGAAAAAAUGUUAAUAUGCAGUUGUUUGAACUUAUUAAAGUUCCAUAGUUAUUUUUUUAUGUGUUUUAUUGUACAUAAUUUUUAUGUAAAUUGUAGUUUUGCUUUCUUCAUAAUAAGUGCAAUUAAAACUUUGAACAGUAGUAUACAUACCAAAUACAUUAGAAAUUAUACAAUGAAUUAAAAUUAAUUAAUUCAAGUGCCAAUGUGUUCAACAUAUUUGGUUGAUGGAAAUGCAACGGGGAUUUCUCUAAAAGAUAAAUGAGCUAAAGAUACUUCAUAAGUCAAGUUAUUAACUUUUAAUUGUUAUCACACAAUUAAAUUAGAAGUAAAUUGCAUUAGAAAUUGAACAUUAUUUCUUAUCAAUACUUUACUUUAUCUUUUAGAGUGAUAUCGCGUUGCCAGAACAACAGACCAAAAUAUUACUGAAUUGUAUUGCCUCUUUUAAAAUGUCAACGCGAAUAUUCAAACGUUUGAAGAACCUUAUUAGAGAAAAGGAAAAGAAAUUCAAUACAUCCAAGGUUUGUUAAAGAACCUUUUAAAACGUAACUUCCUCGCAUUUCAACGUCUUUAUAGAUUCUAAAGCACAGGGUAGCAUAUGAGAACUCUACAUAUUUAAGUGACAUUCAACUAUCAGAAUCGAGCAUAAAUCUAAAUAAGUAGAGGAGUAGUAUAUAGGCAUAAGUACACAUGCAUUGUUAACAGCAUAAAAAUCUUAGAAUUCAAACUGGAUACAAAUUUAAAGGGUGUCAUUGACUGUCACUAAAAAAAUCUUUAUUUAUUUAUUUAUUUGUUAUUUGAAGACAUUUAUAUUUUAUGAGUUAUAACACACCUAAAAAUUGUCAUUUCAAGAAUGUUAUUUAGUUUUUAUUGUUUUAAAUAAACAGGGUGUUCAACAAAUAUAACAAUGAAUCAUGUUAAUUUUCUUAAAAUAAUAUUUCAUAUAAUUGUAUUUCUAUUUCAAGCAAACAAAUAGCAAAAAAUUCAAUAAAAUGUGAAAAGUGUUUUAACUUUCAUGUAUAACACCUUAUCGUUGUUAUAUCUUGAUUAUCACCAGCAUAAUUAUUAUUGAUAAUUUAUUUCUGUUUAAAAAGUUUAAGUUGACUAUUAAUUGAAAGAAUUUUUUGCUGGAUGUUGGUCGAAAUAGAUAAUUUUUUAUACUUAAUGAUUUUUGUCUCGAGACUGGUGAGCACCCUGCAUGUAUAGUAUUGAUUUAUUAGAUGAAAACCCAGUGUAGAAAAAAAAGGAGAGUGAUAAGACCUCAAAUUAAUCAAUGAAAAAAAAAUCACUUGUUGCGUAGAAGCACAUUUUUCAAAUUCUAUAUAGAGAAUGAAUAUCAUAUAAUAUACAUAUAUAUUAUGGAAUACAGACACACGAAUACGUAAAUACAG